CCUUUGUCCUUUCUACCCCAAAUUAAACAAUACUGACUUUUUCCAUCUACAAUUCUUCAAAUCAUCAUAUCCCCAAAGUAAAAACCCAAACCCCUCCCUCUUCUUUCUCCAUAUCUCUAUCAUAUAAUCCCCACCUCCGGGAACUAAGGCCCAAAGCACAUAUCCGAUGGGGUCCCAACCUGAGACACCAACACUCCCACUCUUCUCAAUCCCACCCAUGCAGUCGCCGGAGCAUCCCGGGAUGCUGACGCCGCCGCUCCACACCGCCGUCUCCGUCCCCUUCCGCUGGGAGGAGCAGCCCGGGAAGCCCCGUCCCUGCACCGAUCUCAUCGCCCUCCCGCUCCCGCCGCCGCCCGACCACGCCAUGUUUUCCGGCCGCCCCAAGUGCUUAGACCCACCCCCCAGGCUCUACUUGGAGUACUCGUCUUGCAGAAACAGCGCCACCGCCAAGUCCCCCUCCCCCACCACCGUCCUGGAUGGGCCCUACAUCACCGCGAGGCCGCAAUUCUCUUCUUCGUUCAGAUUCUCUUCCGAUGGGGCCGGCAGCCCUGAGAAGGGGCAGCUUAGAGCGCUGGUUCUUGGGGAGAAGACGAAGAAGAAGAGGAGCUGGUGGCAGAGGACCCUUAAGUUUAAGGGUGGGGGUAGGGAGAUUGGGGGGUCCAGUUUCAUCUUCCCGUCGUAUAACUCCAUGGAUGCCGCUAGCGAUAAUGAUAAUGGCAAUAGUUCAAGCGUGAAAAUGGCGAGAUUUACAAGAACUGGCAGCUUUUCCACCCUUUCUCCUGCUAGGUCUCACUUUUGGGCAACGAUAUACCAUGGUGUUAAGCAAGUUAUGCCAUGGAAGUGCAAAAAACCUAAGAAAGAAGGCUUUGUCCUUUAGUUUCAUUCAACGACGCCGCUAACCAGCGUAAAAUGAUCAAAUCGUGCUCCUCGAUCGGACGCAUAUGUAGCAUAUAUCUUCUUUGGAUCUUUUAAGGUAUUAUAUAAUUUGUGUUACUCGGAAGUUGUCGGCAGGUCUGAUGAUAUAUGAUAAAGAUAUAAAUUAACAAUACUUUGAGGGCUGAUGAAAAAAUUAGCAGAAGAUGAAAGUGGACUUCAUUUCUAUGGCUGUCUGUGUUAUGUUUGACUUCUAUUAUAUGUUAAUAUAAUAUAUUUGAGAAAAAUGUAUUUGCAAAAGGGCAAAUCAUUAGCAAGUCGAACUGUGUUAGACUGUAUUACUGCAAACUUAUAAUUAUAAAGUAAAUAUAGUUCAAUGUUUUAACAUAUAAUUA